CGCACGUUCGUGGCCUUCGCCGCCAAGCUGUGGAGCUUCUUCAUUUACCUUUUGCGGAGGCAGAUCCGCACGGUAAUUCAGUACCAAACUGUUCGAUAUGAUAUCCUUCCCUUAUCUCCUGUGUCUCGGAAUCGGCUAGGCCAGGUGAAGAGGAAGAUUCUGGUGCUGGAUCUGGAUGAGACCCUUAUUCACUCCCAUCAUGAUGGGGUUCUGAGGCCCACGGUCCGACCUGGAACACCACCUGACUUCAUCCUCAAGGUGGUAAUAGACAAACAUCCUGUCCGGUUUUUUGUACAUAAGAGGCCCCAUGUGGAUUUCUUCUUAGAAGUGGUGAGCCAGUGGUACGAGCUGGUCGUAUUCACAGCAAGCAUGGAGAUUUAUGGCUCUGCUGUGGCAGAUAAACUAGACAAUAGCAGAAGCAUUCUCAAGAGGAGAUAUUACAGACAGCACUGCACUUUGGAAUUGGGCAGCUACAUCAAGGACCUCUCUGUGGUCCACAGUGACCUCUCCAGCAUUGUGAUCUUGGAUAACUCCCCAGGGGCUUACAGGAGCCAUCCAGACAAUGCCAUCCCCAUCAAGUCCUGGUUCAGCGACCCCAGCGACACCGCCCUUCUUAAUCUGCUCCCGAUGCUGGAUGCCCUCAGGUUCACCGCUGAUGUUCGCUCUGUGCUAAGCCGAAACCUUCACCAACACCGGCUCUGGUGACAGCUGCUCCCCCUCCACCUGAGUUGGGGUGGGGGGGAAAGGGAGGCUGAGCCCUCGAGAUGCUGUCUGAUGCCCUGUCCAAUGGUGAGGACUGCCUGGGCAGGGUCUGCCCCUCCCUCCCCUCUCUGCCCUGGGAGCCCUGCACUCCAUAUGGAACCUGGAUGGACACAUGGGCCAGACUCUGAAGCAGCCUCUCUCUAACUUCCUGUUCGCACUCCCUGGAAACCCCAGACUGGGACAUAAGCAGAGGUCUAGGAGAGCGGAAACAGUGUCUGUGAUGGAGAGAGAGGACUGGCCAGAGUGUGAGACAGACAUUCAAUAAUCCGGGAGGCUCAGAGAGAAGCCAAGCCAGCUUUGUUGUGAUUUAAUUUUUUAAAAAACUCUUGUACAAAACUGAUCUAAUUCUUCACUCCAAGGGCUGGGUUGUGGGUGGGAAACUGGGAUUUGGGCCACUGGACUUCCCCCAGACUUGUCCCCUUCCCUCCUUUUCUCUACAUUUUCCUUUCUUAGAUUUUCUCAGACCUGUAACCAGCUCUCUCUCUGUUCCCCCCUCUUUUAAACCAUGCAUUAUAACUUUGAAACCAAA